AAUUACCAUCUAUAUAAUUUGCCUAUUCUUCUACUGAGCGUUAUUAAAAUUUAAGGACUAGGCCCUUUUGAUUUUAUCAUUUCAUCGCUUCCCAACCAUAUCGCGUCAAAAUGGCGGACGGGCAAACCCAGAGUUCUACAACAGCGCAACAAGCCAGAAAAGGUCGGACACAGGCAGUAAGGUCUUCACUGCCAUAUCAAAUUUUACUAUUUCUAAAUGGCUGGUACUUUGCAUUCUUUUUUGUGUGUGAGAUUUUGCUCUUUGUCUUCAAAGGAGAAACAUUGCCAUAUGCUACCAAUGUCCUUGCAGCAGAAGUCAUUUUGCUCUUCUUGUUAGCAAUUGUAGAAGUGUUGCGUUUAUUUUUUGGUCGAAGAGGUAAUUUAACAGAACAAAUCAUGGGUGUUCUAGUUUGUGUGAUACUCAGCAUUGCCUCAAUAUUUGGAGUGCUCUUCUUCCUAUUGUGGCAAACAUAUGUUCUACGUGUGGAGAUCAUCCUCACAGCAAUUCAGUUAUUUUUUAUUGGCAUGGAACUUAUCUUUGGUAUCAUAUCCAUCAUUACAUUUGCCAACAAUGAUUAUAUUUUCACCUAA